UUGGCGUUUUAGCCCACAGCUUUUAACGUCAGCGGUCACAGCUCCAUCGUCUGCGGAGGUCUCGCAAAACUAACAAUAUCUUCAUUCUGCCUAUUCAACACUUUCUCUCACACUCUAAACUCAAAUACAGAUUCCAUUUCCUCCGCGAGUAAUUAACUCAUGCAAAUCAAUACUCUAUGAGACUUAAUAAUACUGGCAACAGUUAACCGCCUCAUUGCUCAUUCUUCCCGAUAUAUUAUGUGGUCAUGCGAAAGUUUAUGCGUUUCGGGAUGCACUUGGACCAUCAGUUAACUUCAUUCCAGUGUACGUUGAGAAAGAAACAAGAAAAGUUAAGCAAGACACAGAACUACUUUCGAUGAAAAUAAAAGAGCUUAAGAAUUGUCAAAAUGAUCUCCUAAACGAAAUAAGCCAGAAGAAAUGUGAACUGGAAAUGUUACAACAGAAAGAGUCACUACUGAAGGAAAUGUGUUCUGAGAAAGAAAAAAAUCUCCAAAAGGAAGAAAGUAGUUUGGAUGAAAUGCAGAGAGCAGUAUGGGAACAUCGAGAGAAAUUUUGUGAGAAGGUGAAGGAAUUCAGCAAAAGAAGCUGGCUCUCUGCCUUAUCUAACAUACAUUCUGCAAGUCAGUCAUUAAUUGUUAAAACGUAUUUACAAUCAUUAACUGUUAACGCUACAGAAGAGAAAUUUUGUGUCAUUUGUCAUGCUACUGAACACUGAGGGUCAUCAGUGAUGACAGGAGAAGAAAUUUGCACUACAGUCCUUACUCUGAAACCAGGUAUUGAUGCGUAGUAGUGUUGAACCCCAAUCUGAACCCUAGACAAAGAGGCAACAUCUGUGUUGAAAUCAUUUUUCUAUCCUGUAUUAUUAUUGUGUAACCCAGAGCAGAAAUGAAAUGAAUUAGUAUUAUUAGCAACAAAUAUGUG